GCUCCGGCCUAAAUAUGAAUUGUUUUGUAUUCCCCUUACUUUUGUUAUUCUUCCUCAAACUUUUUCAACAAGUUGAAUUGACUAACUAUUAUGAAAUUUUGAAUAUCGACAGAUCAGCAACUAAGGAGGAGAUAGAAGCAGCUUACCAUAAUUCGGUUCAUGAAAUGGUUAAUGAAAAUAAUAGUUUGGAUGAGCAAAGCAAGGAGAUAAAACUGAAGGAUUUAAAGAAAUCUUUUAAAGUUUUAAGCAAUGAAACUAGCCGAGCUAGAUAUGACUAUUAUUUGGGUAUUCUAGAUAACUUUAAAGCAAUUUUUAGUCAUGGAGACUGUAAUAUAUGGUUUCAGUUCGAAACAUCCCAAAAAAUUCGAUCACGAUAA